GGACUGCGGCGACCCUGGUGUUCCAGCGUGGUCAGAAGUGUGUGUUUAAAAACUUAGCCUACCAUGCUUUCCUGUUUUUACUCUGCUACUGGUUGGCUGGUUAAACAUCAGGUGUGAAGACUGAGCAUGCUCAGCCUGGUUUCACAGACUAACAUCCACGGCAGUAGAUAUCCCCCAGCCCUCUGCAGGUGAUUAGUUUCCAAGUAUUUCAGCUGCAUGUGAGUGGAAGCACAAUGAGAGCCAGUCAGAAGGACUUUGAAAAUUCAGUGAAUCGAGUGAAACUGUUGAAGAAGGAUCCAGGAAAUGAAGCGAAGCUAAAACUCUAUGCACUAUAUAAGCAGGCAACUGGGCCUUGUAAUACACCCAAACCAAGUGUUUUUGACUUGAUCAAUAAAGCUAAGUGGGAUGCAUGGAAUUCUCUUGGCAGCCUGUCCAAGGAAACUGCCAGGCAGAACUAUGUGGAUAUGGUGUCCAGCUUGAGUUCUUCUUCUGAAUCUUCUAGCCAAAUAAAGCCUGGAGCCGACAGGGGACAACCGGGAUAUGAAACCCUGGUGGUGACCUCUCAAGAUGGCAUCACAAAGAUCAUGCUGAACCGGCCCACCAAAAAGAAUGCCAUCAGCACUCAGAUGUAUCAGGAAGUCAUGCUCGCACUUAAAUCUGCAAGCAAGGAUGAUUCAAGCAUAACUGUUUUAACAGGAAAUGGUGAUUAUUACUGUAGUGGGAAUGAUCUGACUAACUUCAUGGAUAUCCCCCCUGGUGGAGUAGAAGAGAAAGCCAGAAAUGGUGCCACUCUGCUGAGGGAAUUUGUAGGCUGUUUUAUAGAUUUUCCUAAGCCUCGUGCAUUGGUGAAUGGUCCAGCUGUGGGAAUCUCUGUCACCAUUCUUCGGCUCUUUGAUGCUGUGUGUGCAUCUGACAGGGCAACAUUUCAUACACCUUUUAGUUGCCUAGGGCAGAGCCCAGAGGGAUGCUCCUCUUACACUUUCCCAAGGAUAAUGGGCCCAGCCAAGGCAUCAGAGAUGCUUAUUUUUGGAAAGAAGUUAACAGCAAGAGAAGCAUGUGCUCAAGGACUUGUUACUGAAGUCUUUCCUGAUAGCACUUUCCAGAAAGAAGUUUGGACCAGGCUGAAAGCAUAUUCAAAGCUCCCCCUAAAUGCCAUGAAAAUUUCAAAACAGGUCAUCAGAAAUAAGGAGAAAGAAAAGCUACAUGCUGUUAAUGCUGAAGAAAGCAGUGUCCUCCAGGGAAGGUGGCUGUCAGCCGAAUGCAGGAAUGCAGUCGUGAGCUUUUUAUCCAGAAGAGCAAAACUGUGAUGACUAUUACAGUGCAGCUCAGCACGUCAAAGGAAAGGAUGUGCAGUUCUUUCUGAUUUCUAGUGCUUGAACUAAAUAAGCCUCACUGUGCCUUUCUUCCGUGCUAAAAGAUCUCUUCUGAUGAUUAUAUUUCACUGGAGCACUAAUGGAAAACAAAUUAUGUAAAAAGCUUUAAGAAUUCACAUGGGUUUUUGAUAAUAGGGGUCUUACAUCUUUCGACAUGAAUCGUUGUUGCCAGGAACACUGAAGCAUUGUGCCUGGGCCCUGCUUUGAGAAGCAUUCCCAGCAUUGCAAGCUGAAGUCGUGUCUCUGAACACCACUACACUCUGCCUUCCGCAAAGUCUAACGGACUCAAUUGGCCAAACACUGACAGCCUCUGGGUUACCCACUGGAGAUCUUCAACAGGUUGCAUGUUCUUUUUCAGCCAUCUAGCAAGGGAGCAAAUGGAAGUAGCAUUACUAGAACAUAAAUAAGUGUCUUGGUUUCAUUUUUUUUUUCUGUAAGUAAUAAAAGGACAUGAUAGGAGA